UGUUUAGCACACCAGUGCCAGUUGUCUCUUUCUUAAGCUUGGGGAGUUCUUUGACCUCCAAAUCUCAAAUUCUGAAUUCUGUCAUUAGCAAACAGAGACACAAUGUGUUUUUCAAUCGGCAUUGCAAAGGCAGUACCCCAAGCAGCAUGCUUAUGAAUGGGGUUGUUGAGAUCGCCUGGUACUGUCCAGGAGGAAAGAAAGAUGACAUAUUUGAUGACUGUGUUGCGUUUCUAAACCUUCAUGGUGACGCAAAAGACCAUCAACAGCAACUUCAAUUUCUGCAGGCAGUAAGUACAGUGAAUGUGCUUCUACUGUCCGAACAGCCACAGCGUGAAGAAACAAAAACACUUUGUCAAAAUCUCUCUACGUCUCCAAUCCCAUUGAUCUGCCUAUUUUCUGGAAGUGAAAGGGUUCAGGGUUCAAAAAAUCCCCUCAAAGUGAGACUAGCUGCCAAGAACAGGAAUGAAGCGGAGUUAACAGAGGAACUCAUAACCAAUAUCAAGCAAUGCAUUGGAAAAUAUAACAAGAAACAGAGCAUUGAAAACUGUUGUAAAGAAGCAAGAAAACUAAAGUUCAAAGUUGACGAAGACAAGCAGUCAUUCAAAGAUGGACAUGCACUGGCGCAGACUUUAGUUUGUUUGUUGAAGGAAAAACGCAUUUCAGAUAUCAAAAAGGAGUUUUUGCCUCUCCAUGGUGAACUGUGGCACAAGUGGUGCUUGAAAAAUAAGCAGCAGUUUCGCCUGAGCUGCAAGACAAAUGAAACCAUUGAACAACAAAAAAGUAUAAUUCUAAGUGACAUGAAAGCCACACGUCGAAAACAGAGGAAAAUAACUUUGUCACUCAAUGAUUUCAUGAGAUCAUUCUUGGACUGUUUAACAUCAAGUGAUCAUUCAGAAGAUACAAAAUUCUACAUGCUGCAAUGGCUCAGAGUUUUACUUGAUGAGUUAUCUUCUGACCACCUUGCAAGACUUGAGGAGAAUUACCACUCAACUUGGUCCCAAAUGAAAAAUGUCCCCAAGACUAAGGAGAAAGCAGAAGAACUUGAUAAGCUCAGUAAACAGCUUAAUUCCAUAUCUGAAAAUAUGGCUGCGAGUACAAUUGGAUUACAACACAUUAUAAGAGAGGUCGGUCAGAUGCAUGAAUGUUCUGUUAAACAGUCUGCUGGUGCUCUCCCUGCACUUGGAGCUGAAAUGCUAAUUUCAGGAUACCCACUAGAGCUGAUGGAUGGGGAUGAAUCACAUGUACCCCUUAUUUGGGUACAAGCUGUCCUACAGAGUCUCAUUGAUAAGCUUGGGGACAAAAAGGUGUAUGUGCUGUCUAUCUUGGGACUCCAAAGCUCAGGUAAAUCAACCUUGCUGAAUACUAUGUUUGGCCUUCAGUUCACUGUAAGUGCAGGGAGGUGUACGCGUGGUGCUUUUAUGCAGAUGCUAAAGGUGGACGAGAAUAUCAGAGAGGAAUUGGGCUUUGAUUUUUUACUGGUUGUUGACACCGAAGGUCUUCGCUCUCCAGAGCUCAGCACUAAAACAUCACUGAGUCAUGAUAAUGAACUUGCCACGUUCAUCAUUGGAAUUGGUGACAUGACUGUCAUCAACAUCAUGGGAGAAAAUCCAUCGGAGAUGCAUGAGAUCCUACAGAUUUGUGUGCAGGCUUUCUUAAGGAUGAAACGGGUUGAAAUCAAACCAAGCUGCAUAUUUGUGCACCAGAAUGUAGCAGAAGCAUCAGCUGGUGAUAAAAACAUGGAGGGGAGGAGGCGCCUUCAGGAGAAGCUGGAUGAAAUGGCUCAGACUGCAGCUAAAGGGGAGGGCAUUGAUGAUGUUUACAGCUUCAGUGAUGUAAUACAGUUUGAUUUGGAAUCUCAAGUGUUUUACUUUAAAAAUCUUCUGGAGGGGGAUCCACCUAUGGCUCCCCCAAAUCCAUCCUACAGCCAAAAUGUUCAGGACCUGAAAACUAAGGUGCUUUCAGUGGCAAAGUGGCGGACAGGUUUUCGAUUUCCAUCAUUGUCACAAUUCAGCGUAAGAGUUAAAGACCUCUGGAAUGCACUUUUGCAGGAAAAUUUCGUUUUCAGCUUCAGAAAUACAUUGGAAAUUAUGGUGUACAGCAGCUUGGAAGAGAAGUAUGCUCAGUGGUCAUGGAAGUUAAGGAAAUGUUCUUUGGAAACACAGACCAAGUUGAAAAACCAAAUUGGAAGCAACCAAAUUGUGGAUGUCAAUACCACAGAUCUGAUCUCUGACUUUGAUGAAGUUUAUACUGCAUUGAAAAGGGAGACUGAGGCACAUUUCAAAGAAGAAAAACAUGCUGAAAUCCUUAUUAAAUGGAAAGAGAAUGUUAAAAACCGACUUGAGAGCCUGAAGAAUGAACUCAUUGAAGAAACUCUAAAACAAUGCAAAAUGUUAACUGAAAAUAAGAGAAGUAUGUCAGAACUAGAUCGGAAAAAAUCACAUUAUGAAAAAAAUCUAAUGAAAGAAAGCAAAAAAAUGGCAACUUCUCUGAAGGACAAGAGGCUCACUGAUAAACAAGUGGAAGAAGAAUUCAGUUCACUCUGGGUUAAGUGGGUAGCUGAAAUAGCAAAAGAUCAGCUGCCUGAUGAGCCAGUGCACAUAAAAGCUAUAAUGGAGGCAAUUCUGUACUCUCACUUUCAAAAGCAGGCAGACCUCAUGAACAAGAUUAAAACGAUAUCUGCAAAUGGAAUGUUUGAAUUUACAAAGCAAAAACAUAUCAGCCAAUCUUUCAUGGGAGCAAGAUUGGAAUGGGUUAAAGAAAAAUUUGGAAAGGGGAUUCUCCAGGAGUUUGCUGAAAAACUACACCAAAAUGUGAAACACAUGGUUGAUGAGUACAUUAUGAAAAAAGAAUUGGAAAAGACAGAUUUCAAUCAAAAUUUCAUAUUUGAAAUACUAGAGGAGAUUGAAAGACAUAUUCAGGAAUGUGAGCGCAAUGAACAUGUGAAAUUCACAUAUGAAUACAGAUUUGACUUGUCAGUUUUAGUUUGCCUCGGUUCUGUCCAGAGGUUUCAAAAAAUGCACGAGUCAUUCAAGAAAGCUAACAACCCGGUAACCUACCUGCAAAGUAAAAGGGAACAGUACUCUGAAAUGUUCAAAAACUAUUGCAAAGGAGCCAACUCAGUGACAAUAUUUGCUGAAUUUUUACUCAAAAACAUUCUGCCUGCAGUUGAAGAGGCAACAUACAAUAAAACCAAGGUGCAAAUCGCUGAUAAUAUGAAAUGCAACAACCCAGCAAUGAGUGGCAACAGAUGCAACCUUGAAAAUCAUAUACUGAGACAUCUUGCAAUUCAAAAGAAUUUUGAGUUCUACAACGAAUACAUUCACAACCCAAAGUUGUAUUUUAAAAGGUUUAUUGGUGAACAUGUGGAAACAUUUUGUGAAGACUACAAAAAACUACAGGACAUGCUUCAUGAAAACCUAAAAGAAAUGAAAUUGCACAUUUUACGCACCAGCACAGAGGCAUCUGAUGAAGUGAACCUGAAGAGCGGCAAUGCAUCCAUGUGGCUCGAUCAUUUCUGUAAAAAACUUGGGGGCCACAUGGUCAUAAACAGGGAGAGUCUGAGAAGCAUUCAGGAUGAAGACAUUAGUGACACAAAGUUUCUGAAAGAGAUGAUGGCCAAGUGUCUUGAAGAGGUGGUUAAGAGUGAAAAUAUGGAAAGUGUUGAUGCAUCUUCCCAGCAUUUACGCCUCUUAAAGCAGGAAAUAACAGAGAUUCUUUUUAAUCAGCUUGAAGGAUGUUGGGCUCAGUGCCCUUUCUGCAAGGCCAUCUGCACAAAUACUAUAGUUAACCAUAGUGGUGACCACAGGGUUCAGUUUCACCGGUCCGGUGCUCUAGGUUCCUGGCAUUAUCAUGAAACAGAUGAAUUAUCAAUUGAUUUUUGCUCAACCAAGGUAUGCAGUGAUCGUUCAUUCUUGAGUCAUUCCAGUGGAAAGUGGAUCCCCUAUAAGUCCUACAGAGAUGCUGGUGACCCUUAUGAUAAGUGGAGCAUCACCGCAGAUGGGAGCACACAGGGUUACUGGAAAUGGUUUAUUUGCAGGUUUCAGAAGGAUUGGGAGGAGAGAUGUGGAUUAAAAUUUAAAGGCAGAGGUGCGAUUCCUGACAGCUGGAUAGAAAUCACAGAGGAAUCAGUGCUGGAGGAAUUAAACAUAAUAGACUAAAACUACUGCAAUGAUGCAUAUGCAAGGGAAAUCUUACAAGGAAACGUGUAGUAUUUUAAUUAUAGACAGCAUGGAGUAAAGAAACUUAAACAAAAGUCUAUGGACAAGAGCAAACCUUACUUUGAUUUAAUGUUCAUUUUUGAAUUUAGGUUGUGUGUCUGUUUUUUUUUUUUUUUUUAAAGAUACGUAUCUUUCAAUCUAAUUAUCAUUAAAUAUCUGAAUGCAGUUAUUAUAGUUAGCAAAAUGAAUUAAAAAUGUUUUAGACAAAUUAGCUUCUAUUUUCGUUUAAUUUUUGUGCCAAGGGCAAACAUCCUAAUUACUGCUCUCAUUGUAUUUGAUCCUUAAUUACAUUGAACUUUUACAGUUAAUCACAUAUAUUACUGCUCACUGCUUGACAUCAUGUGUAGCUCCUAUUAUGUCUGUAUGAUCCAUCUGCCUUUGCAGUGAAAUUUUAUAUAAUUGCAAGUUCUAUUAAUAUUGCUGUUAUGGAAAAACCUGUAGUCUAAUAAAAGUAUCUCUAUUA